AUGAAUUCCGUCAGAGAACUGAUGCGCCAGGAGAAGCUGCGGCGACAGCAGCAGCGCGAAGCCGCCGAAGCAGCAAAGAAGGCAGCAGCAGCAAAAGCAGCAGCAGAAGCGAAAGCAGCAGCAGAAGCGAGGGCAGCAGCAGAAGCGAAGGCAGCAGCAGAAGCGGAGGCAGCAGCAGCAGCAGCAGCAGCAGAAACAAAAGCAGCAGCAAGGAGAACAGAGAAGGAUGCUGCAGGAGGCUCUUCUUACCUCCUAGACGGAUAUAACAGCGAUGAAGAAGCAGCAGAAGAAAAAGCAAAAAAAAAAGAAAACAACAAAACAACUAUAGAGGGACUGCCAGCUGACUUCUUUGACGACCCUGCAGAGGCAGCACGAGCAGCGGGCGAGGAAGCCAGCGCCUCCCCCGGCUCCAAGCCAGCAGCAGAAGCAGCAGAAACAACAGCAGCAGCAGCAGCAGCAGCAGCAGAAGCAACAGCAGCAGAAGAUGAAGAAGAAGACGAAGAUGUGCUAGCAUAUGAAAUAGAAGAACCAGAUGAGGCACUGCUGCAGCCGCAAGUGGCGGAGGUAUCCGCUGAUGAAGAUACAGACGGGGGCGGAGCUGCCAAGACACCUGAAGCAGCAGCAGCAGCAACAGCAGCAGGAACAGCAGCAGCAGAUACACCCGUUUCUGCACCAGAUGCAGCAGCAGCAGCAGCAGUAUCUCCUGCUGCGAAGCAAGAAGGAACUGAAACACCAGCAGCAGCAGCAGCAGCAGCAGCAGCAGCAGAUGGAGGACCCUCAGCAGCAACUUCGUUUGUAUUGAGCAGCUUAGAGCUCUCCACGGCCAUCGAUGAGACCCACUGGUACAACCCCUUCUCUACGGCCCUCCACAGCGAAGUGCUGUUGGAAGAAGAACAGAUAAAGAAGCAGGAGGAGCGGGCUCAGGAGGUAGCGAAGCUGCGCCGCGAAGCAGCAGCAAAAGCAGCAGCAGCAGCAGCAGCUGCUGCUGCUGCUGCUACCUCAGGCAAGAAGAAACGUAAGGGCCAGCAGCAGCAGCAGCAGCAGGAGGAGGAGCCGCAGCAGCAGCAGCAGCAAGAAGGGGAGCUGCCUUGGGGUUUCUUCGAUGACUUCGAUAAGGAUGCAGCAGCACGGGGGGAGAUAGGCCCAGCAGAGCUGCAGCGGCGGCAGCAGCAACUGAAUGAAAAAAAAAAAGAGUUAGUUGCAGACAUAAAGGAAGGGAGACAGGAAGCAGCACAAGAAAAAAAAGAUAUAAAAGCUUUCGUUAAUCACGUUGUGCAGCUGCAGGCAGAGCAGCAGCAAAUAGAGAAACAGCUGCAGGCAUUGAAGAGGAAAGCUGAAGAAUUCAAACUGCAGCAGCAGCAACUGCAGCAGCAACAGCAGCAGCAGCAGCAGCAGCAGCAGCAGCAGAAGCAAGAGAUGCAGAAACGGUGCAAGGUCGAGCCGCAGGACCCAGAAGACUCUAAAAGGCUUGCUGCUGCUGCUGCAGCCAUUAAGGAGGAGAAGCAGCAGCUAAAACAGGCAGCAGCAGCAGCAGCAGCAGCAGCAGCAGCAGAAGCAGCAGAAGCAGAGAUGAGUGAAGCAGAGUCUGAUGGAGACGAUGAUAUGACCUGGCGCAGCAAAUGCCUUGCAUGA